AUAUAAGUAGCAAAAAUUGAGAAUUUUAGUCAGAUAACAAGUACUAUAUUUGUUAUGAUUAUCGACCAACCACGCGCACUCAUAUCGAACGGCCAUAAUGGAUUUGUCCUUCGCAGUAUUGACCGCAGAACGUCGAUAAGUUCGAUCGAAUUUUUUCGCACGCUUUCUGGAAGGUCGUUAAAAAUUGCUUCUUAACCGACUUUUUUCAUACAUUUUGGAUGCUAAAUGACUGAAAGAUCGUUCCAGUCACUAAUUAGUGGUAUUUCCCUGCACGACGAAGCUACCCUCAAUAACAUUUCUUUAAAAGCUGCUCUGGACAGUCAAAAUUUCGAUAUAAAUGGACAGAGUCAUGAUGAAGGAUUAUCUGUACCAGGAAAGGGAGUGAACAUUGUUUCUAAGCCGAGAAUGAUUUCUUCUGGAAUACCUGCUAGCUCCGGUUGUGGGACACUAACAAUGGCUCCCGUUCCUAUAGGGGCUCUUGCUCCAGGUAAAAUUGGUCUCCCUUUAAGUGAUUUGGAGAAUAUUCCUAUUUUCAACUCUGGAGACUCUGGACCGCUAGAACUACAAGCCUUGCAAGGUGGUGCUCAAGCACUUCAAGGCGUCCAAACUGUUAAGCUGACAUUCAUAAACUGUGGCGAUCAGCAAACUAUUCUUCUCACAACUCCCUCUACUCAUUUCACAAUGCAAGACCAAAGUUUGGAUGGGAUGACCCUCACUUUGCCUGACAAUUUAUUAGCUACUGAUCUUAAUUUUGCUGGGCUUACUUCAAUGCAGCUUGGUGAAAUAACUAGCGGUAACGAUAAACCCAAUACAUCGGAAAGCUCUAAAUCCACAAAUUACACUAACAUGACUUCACUUCCACCUAUAACCUCGGUGUCAGACAAGCUUUAUAGUCAGAUAGCUAACGACAACGACGCAAUACAACAAAGCCAUAGUUAUGCUAUCGAGGAUUUAAAACCAGUGAUGCAAAAAAACGAGAAAAUACAUGAAGGAAAUCCAGCUUAUGCUCAUAACAAUCAGUCUGGUAAUCUGAGUGCGUCACCAGUUGUCGUCACAUCCCAAAAUACGUUUAAUCAGUCAGUUAGUGUUAAACCCGUUAAAUUAAUCGACCCAGGUAACGUAUCACCCAUGCCUCAAGUUGAUGGAAGUGAUCAGGAAGGUAAUGAUCCAAACCAUCCAGAUGACAUGAGUGAGCUCAACACUAAGGAUUUAGCCCAGCGAAUAAGCGCAGAGCUAAAGCGAUACAGCAUUCCACAGGCGGUGUUUGCACAAAGAGUUCUAUGUCGAAGCCAAGGAACACUUUCAGAUCUAUUAAGAAACCCCAAACCUUGGAGCAAACUAAAGUCAGGACGUGAAACUUUUAGACGCAUGUGGAACUGGCUGAACGAACCUGAAUACCAGCGAAUGUCCGCUCUACGCCUUGCAAGUAAGUUUUUAUCCCUAACUCACAAUUUUGUAGCGUGCAAACGUAAAACAGAAGAAACUCAGAAAGCUCAAGAUGAACGCUCUUCAAAAAAACCUCGACUUGUUUUUACUGAUAUUCAAAGACGCACAUUACAUGCCAUAUUCAAAGAAACUAAGCGUCCAAGCAAAGAAAUGCAAGCCACUAUUGCACAACAGUUAAACCUGGAAGUGUCUACUGUUGCUAAUUUUUUCAUGAACGCCCGUCGCAGAUCUCUUGAUAAAUGGGUAGAUGACAAGGAUGUACAGCUAACUGCUUCAACGUCUUCCCCUGUUCACAGUCUAGAAGGGUCGCCACCAAACCACAGUGCACGCAUGUCCGCCCACAUGGUUGAUCACUGUGUUGUACGGUCAGCCCACGACGCAAUAACCACCCCACAUCUUGCUGAAUCAAUGAGUGACUCAGUUCUUAAUCGACUUCCAGGUUGCCAUUCAACUAUCCCAACUUCUGUCGAGCUCUCAUCAUCCCCUGCACCACCUAGUUUAACUCCGGAUCCAUCAUUGUCUAUGAACCAUUCUGAUGUUCAUCUAAAUGCACCCUGUCUUGUUAACGAAGAUGCUCGUAAUACCUUGCUUCUAUCAUCUGGUGACUCGAAUGUAUUACCAUCUCAAUUGCUGAGUCAUUUGGUUGUCGGGGGACAGAAUGCUAUGUUGGUCGCUCAAAAUGUUAGUCCAAAUGCUGAAAAAAAUAUAAUGCAUUCCACUCCACUUUCAUCGUCAUGCAUUACUUCAUCUGGUCUUUCUACCAUAAAAUCAGCAUUAGAUUCAUUGUGUGACCCACCGUCUUUGUCACCUCAUUCUCAUCUUCCUCCCGCUCCCGUUGAGUCUUUGCACAAUAUUCAUCCUAUCCCACGUUCGAUGGCACACAGAUCAACAUCAGAUACAAUUUGUGCUGCAAACCACGUCCUACCUUCUGCAUCUACACUUAUAGGUCAUGAUAGACUUAUUGUUGAUUCUAUUGGUCAAUCUUCAUCCACAACAGUCUUAACUUCCUCACAUAAUUUAGCCGACACAUUAGUUCUUCAUUCAAAGCAAGAAGAUCUAAAUUCUGGUCUAAUAAUCAAUGCUACAUUGAACUGACUUAUUUGUUUUUUAUUCAUAUAUCAUGUUUUCAUAAUAUGCCCAAAUGCUGUGUAUGUUUCUCCCUACAAUAAGUUCACUUAUGAAGUUUAUUAGUUCUGCGAUUGUGUGAUUAUGAACUACCACUUUCUUUAAUUUCUAAUCAACUUUACUUGUUAAGUUCGCUGAAAUGUCUAAUAUUUUCGACAUGGGAAUUGUCCCAGUUCCCACAAGGUGCAAUAUUUUCCUUUCACGGUCAUAGUAUUGAUCAUGACUUUUCAUUUUUUUCUUGAUAAGUGUACAGUUUUGUUUGGUAGUUUUCCUUGGUUUCUUUGUUUUUUUUCGCACAUAAUCGGGCUGAUUUUCUUAAUUAAUGUGCUUUUUUCGAAAAUUUAUUUUUUUUGGUAUAUCGACUGCCGUUCUGCAAACUGCUGCAUUUAUUGUGGACGUGGUAAAUUCUCUCUGUUUAAAGACCAAAUAUAAUCACACCUGGUAUGAUAGAAUGAUAGGUCGGUUUUUAAACGAGAUAUGCCUCAGCUGAACGGCACUAGAAGUCCCUUUUGUUAUUUGUGCUGUCGUGUGUAGUUAUAGUCUCAGCUGUCUACAUAGAAGUCAAGUUACGCCCCUAACCAUUUCCUUAAUGCCAUUUAAGUCAGUAUGUUUAUUUACCAAAUUCCGAAUUGGGCUGGCCGUCCGUUUAUAGUCUUUAUAAUGUGGUAGUCCCCACAUUUAUGUACGUUGACUGUUUCUUGGUCCUGGUAUUUGCAUUGUUCUUAGCAAGCUGAAUAUAAGGUUUGAUUACCGCAAAAUAUAGUAACA